AUGAGGCACGACGGGCAAUGGUACCACAGCGAUCUAGAACCCGGCACCACGGCGAACGUGAUCCGGCAUCUCCGGGAUUCCCACAACAAUAUUCAACUCUAUUCGGGCAUCCACUAUACGUGCGAUGAGUUCCCACCUGUUACUUGGUUUGAAGGAGGGGACGGAGAAUUCGCGGACAACCCCGGGACGACGCGAUGUGCUGCUAUGCGGUGCGCCGAGGGAGUCAAGGCGGAGCAGGACUGGCAAGCUACUGCGCAUAAUGCACCCCGUCUCGAGCUGCAGGCGGUUGUCGAACUAGAUCCAACAAUCAAGCAGUCCUUUAAUUCUUCCCACUCUGUCGUAUUUUUCAGGUUCACGACCAACACGGCCCCGGAUGGAGUCGCGGCAAGAGUCGUCUCAUAUGACGUCGAUCCCGACAAUGGCUUUCCGACACUGGACAAUGAAAGAACGGUCCAACAGGGAUUUCGAAAAAGGAACGACGACGAGGGCAUAAAUUCCACGUCUAAUUCCAAUUACCCGCCGAGAGGGUUAUGGGAUCUCAGCCACGAACAGCUUCAAGACCUCGUUGAUGCCGGUUUUGGAACCGAGUAUGCCGUCCCAGCAAAUGAUUCGUACGUCGAUUGGGCAGUGAGUGCACCGAUCCCGGGCGAGUUGCGGACGUUGGACCGGCGCUUCCGCUGGGACAUGGAGGAUGACGAGGCCAUGGGUUUGAGCAAUCGGAUUCGGGUCACCAAAGAGGAUCGUGCGCCAGGUUCAUUCACGAAGUGGUUGACCAAGAAGAGCCCGGCACCGCCCACUACGACUCAGCGAAGCAUCCCCGACAGCCUCGUCCAAUCGCUUCUCAAGAGAGCCGUCGCUGGGGACGUGGCGAAUGCGCAGGCCAUCGUCGACAAGGCCAAGGCUGAAUCGGCCAAACGCAACGCCGGUCGUCUCGCGCGGCGCCUCCGCAAUGCCUACGGCCUGCGGCUAGGAACCAUCGUUGGAAGUACGCACACCCAGGCUGAAGCUGCCGAGUCGUCAGCCCUGUCCGUAAACAAGGGCGUUGUCCCACUUCUCAAUAUUACGGACGAGAUCGCCAACGCGGCGGCCCUUGUGGCGGAGGCUGAGGCUAAGUCUGAGCUAAACACAACAUCGACAACCGCUAACACGGCCAAGCGCGCUACCGCGGGCGCGUACUGGAUGGGAAGCCUCGCUCGCAAGGGCAUAGUGCCCUGGGGCGACGACGCAUCCUACGUCGUGUUCCGCAACGUGCUUGACUACGGCGCUGUCGGCGACGGUGUCACGGACGACACGGCCGCUAUCAAGAAGGCCAUGACCAGCGGCAACCGGUGCGGCGUCGGCUGCAACGGAUCGACAACCAAGAACGCUAUCGUCUACUUCCCUCCCGGCAGCUACCUCAUCUCGAGCACGGUGCCCAUGCCCUUUGGUACGCAGGUCAUUGGUGACGCCAUCGAUCGGCCGACACUGCUGGCCUCGGGCAGCUUCGUGGGUCUGGGCGUGCUGUCGACGGACGAGUACACCGGCGGCCAGGGCGGGAGUGAGGAGUACUAUAUCAACACGGCCAAUUUCUACCGCCAGAUCCGUAAUAUUGCCAUCGAUAUCACGCAAGCCGGCGCCAACAUCUCCUGCCUUCACUACCAGGUUGCGCAGGCCACCAGUCUCCAGAAUGUUGAGCUCAUCGCGUCGACGGAUGCGGGCAAGAACCAGAUUGGCAUGUAUGCUGAGAACGGCAGCGGCGGCCAGAUCUCAGAUGUCACCUUCACAGGCGGCAGUAUUGGCUUGUAUGGCGGCAACCAGCAGUUCACAGCACAACGGCUAACGUUCGAUGGUUGCAACACGGGCGUGCACGUCAUCUGGGACUGGGGUUGGGUCUGGAAAAGCGUCACCAUGAAGAACGUCAACAUCGGCUUCCAGCUGACGUCGGACGACGGUACCGGCAAUAUCGGAUCCGUGGCUGUCAUGGACUCAUCCUUCUCCAAAGUUGGCACUGCGGGCAUCGUGAUCGCACCACCGUCGUCUGACGUGGGUAGCGGCAGCACAAGCGUGGUGCUCGAGAACGUGCAGCUUUCCGGCGUCGCGGCUGCGGUCCAAGACACGGCCGGGACGGUUCACCUCUCUGGGUCCGACGGCACCGUCGGCGAGUGGGUCGGCGACCACCGCCGCAACGCGGGGCUGCUCGACAAUUUCACGGGAGCCUACUUCGAGCGCGCCAAGCCCCAGUACGAGGAUAGGAGCGUCGAUGACUUUGUGCACGUCAGGGACUACGGCGCCACGGGCGACGGUCUUGGGAAGAUCCUGUUCGUCGACGCCGGCUCGUACAUCCUAACGUCGACCAUCAUGGUCCCCGACGGAGCCAAGAUCGAUGCCAGCAAGCCUAAGGUCCUGAUCCAGGUCGGGCUUGAAGGUUUAGUCGGCAACGUCGAGAUGCAGGACCUCCUCUUCACGACUCGCGGGCCGACGGCCGGCCUGAUUCUUGUCGAGUGGAACAUCCGGGCGGCCAGCCCGGGCUCGGCCGCCUUGUGGGACUGCCAUGCUCGCAUCGGGGGCGCCACCGGCACUGAGCUUACACCGACCGAGUGCCCACCAUCAACCAGCGGCACUGAUGCUGGCUGCAGCGCGGCUAGUCUGAUGAUGCGUUUGUCGCCGCACGCUUCGGGUUAUUUUGAGAAUAUGUGGCUCCGGGGAGCGGAUCACAUGAUUGACGACCCUGAUCUCACCGACCCUGCCAAUGAUAUGACACAAUGCUCAAUUUAUGUGGCCCGAGGUUUUCUGAUCGAGAGCACACACCCGACAUGGCUGUAUGCUACUGCAUCAGAGCAUGCGGUGUUCUAUCAGUACAAUUUCCACUCAGCAUCCAAUAUUUUUGCCGGCAUGCUCCAAACCGGGUCGCCCUACUUCGCAGCCGUCGUUGGAAAUUUCCCUGGUGACCCUGAUUACACGUGUGCUGCAGAUGACGGGUUUAGCGGCUGUGACGAGUCUUGGUCUACCAUCAUCACGGGCUCCCAGGAUAUCUUCAUCGCCAGCGCAGGUAUCUACUCGUGGUUCUCAACCUGCACCCAAACCUGCAUCGACACGCAGGAAUGCCAAACGGCUCUGAUCUUGCUCGAGAAUAACUUUGCCAACGUACGCUUUCAGAAUCUGAUCAGUAUUGGCUCCAAGUACAUGGCCGUUAUGGAUGGCCAGGGGAUCACGGCCGCACACAACUUAAACGUAGAGACACAUCCCUUUUGGUCUCAAAUCACUAUCCUGGACGUCGGGAGCGACGGUACUACCAACUUCAACGAGUUGGUCUGGAUCGACCCCAUAUGGGACAUGGAGAACCCCUCCUUCACCUGCCUGCCGCCCUGCCAUAUCAAGCUGCCCCCCUACACCGCCGCCACUACCACCACGAGUACGAUCACGAAGGCGCCCCUGAUGGUCUCGGAAUGGGUGCUGGAAAUCGUCACCAUCACGGCGGACGGCGGGAGCAACAACAGGAACAACGCAAAGCGAGACAGUGUCAAGAAGUGCAGCGCCCAGGGCUUCAGCGAGUUCACGCCUGUGCCGGCCACAACGCCCUUCUGGCCGUCCAUUGUGUACGAGGGGAUCAACGGGCACCGGACGACGACGGCCCCAUCGGUGGCCUUCCCGACGCCGCCCCCCGGUAUAGUCCAGCGCGGCGUAAUGCCUUACCAAAGCGUGAUGGACAAUCCGUUCACCGAGAUGUGCGGCUUUUUGGACUACUCGUGCGUCAACCUGCCCUGGCUCUAUGGCGACCAGGGUACCGGCGUUGAUCAGCCCUUCAACCCGGACGAUAACCCAGCUGACGAGAACGGCGAGGAUGAGGAGGUCAAAUGCCCCGGUGGAAAGCCCUCCGUCGUGCCGAUCGACCACAGCAGCUCCUCUUCCUCCACCGCCACCCCCUCGGCCACCACAAGCUCGACCUCGACGUCGCCGGAACCCUCACCGUGGGCAACCGGCAAACCGGAAAUCAAUACAGUGGGCCGCUACAACACCGGCGAGACGACGGAAAACGAGCGCAUGCAGAACGCCGCCAUAGACUUCUGCAACAGCAUCAAGCCCUCGGGUUCCAACCUCGUGCUAGGACCCAAUUACUUCUCGGGAACAAAGCCUUACGACUUCCCCUGGAACGGCGGUAUCGGUACUGUCGAGAUUGUCAUCUCGCUCCUGAUCGAAGACAAGUGUCAAUGGUCGUGGAAUAUGGCCGAGUGCCAGCACUAUUUGUCGGUGCCGACCGACUCAUGUAAUUGUGGCGGUAUCAACGGCAAACAGGGCGGCAUCGUGUCUAACAAUUGCUACUCGUGGCGGGUUGAUCCGAAUCGCAAACUGUUCUAG